UUCCUCAUUCCAUUUCCCAUUCCUUCAUUUGGGUCUUCUUCUUCGAAUUUUUGUGCUUGUUUACCUCACCCGAAAAAGGAGCCAUGGCACGUGCAAUUCAGGCCACACAGACUCUUGCCAUUCUCCUUCUCUUUCUUAUCGGCAAUGCAGUCGCCGAGGAAUUGCUCUUCAGUGGCGAGAGCCUCAACACAGGAGAGUUCCUCGAAAAUGGGCCCUACAGGUUUAUAAUGCAGACGGACUGCAACCUGGUGUUGUAUGUGAAUCGCACGAGAGCGCUUUGGUCUUCUAGGACGAAUGGAAGGGGCACGACGUGCCGUGCCACACUGCAGAACAAUGGCAACCUCGUCGUGUUGUCUGGGACAGAUGUCGUAUGGACCAGCAACACAGCUGUUGGGUCAAACAAUUACCGCCUCAUCGUUCAAGGAGAUGGGAAUGUGGUGAUCUACGGCGGAGCUAUGUGGGCCACCAAUACUGUACAGAGCAACAGACGGUUGCUUUGAGGAUUUGCAAGUGAGUCUUGUGUGAUGGAUGCAACAUACAAGGAGGCAUGUUGUUGCACCAGAUUUAUGUGUUUAAUAAGUUUAAUUAAAGAUUAUCUCAUUCUAAUAUGAGAUUAUGGUUUUUUUUUUUUUUAAAUGGCCAAUGGUCACAAGAAAUAAAAUCAAUCUAAGUUUGCUCUC